UCAUGGGGCCCCCGGGCAAUAGGGGAUCAUGGGCCCCUGUGUCCUUUCCCAAACUCAAAAAAGCCUAUGAAAAAGGUACCAGGGGCAUCUCAUGGGGCCCUCUACUGACCCCGGGCCCUAGGGCAGUGCCCGAGUUUCCAAAUGGUCAGUCCGCCGCUGUUUACCACUCUAACUCCUCCCACAGGUUUUACACUACAUAGACAAUGGAGGACAGCAGAAAGCUUCAUCUUCCUAGUUUGUGCCCAUCCAUGAGUGUAUGAUCUGAAAGACCCAGAAUAUAAGAAUUGUGGCUGUAAGA